UUACCCGUUGCCGUGUUAAACUGUCAUUGGCGAAAUUAUUUUGUAUGAAAUUUAUGCAGAUAACUUCAUUUUGAAGUUAUUUAAAAUAGGAAAUAUUGAAUAAAAACGCAGUAGGAUGACAAAAUAAUUGAAAUAGUGUACUAGUUUUUAACAUAGAUUCAUUUAAUUUACGUUUAUAUGCACGGUUUUAUUUAGUUAAAAUGAAAACCACCGGUUUGAGGAUUUUUAUAAUCGUAUUAGCUCACACGUUUAUUAUUUGUGCCGGAGAUAGUGAUACUGCUAAACGAAAUGAGAAGAAAUCUAAAGGGGUAACUACUUUCGUAAGUGCUAAGUGGGAAGCUACCCCUCUUGUUUUGGAACUGGCUGAGUACAUGUCUGCUGAAAGUUCAGAUUUGUUCUGGUCCUACUUUGAUGGAAUUACUUCUCUGAAAUUCAGUUUAAGUGAUCUGGAAACUGACAAGCAAGUAUAUGAUGCAUGCAUUGGUGUAGCUAGUACACUGCUGGUCCCUGCGCAGUUGCGCAUGGCUAAGCUUGCCCUGUCUAUGCAUCUGACUUCUCCUACUGUAAGGAUGUUUGACCAGAUAGCUACACAAAACGGAGCUAAAGUAUUAGACUGUGACAGUUUUGUUUCUAUUGCAUCAAAGAAGAUUUGUGAUAAUGAUGGUUUAAGGGAUAUACUUAAAUCUAUACAGCAAUACAAUGCAGAGGAACACAAAUUGGAGACCUACUUAUUAGAUCAUUCAUAUCCUAGUAGUGAUAAUAAGAGUCUAACUGCUAUUCUGUAUGGAGAACUUGGCACCAAGGAUUUCAUAGCAAAACAUAAGAUACUGGCAGGGUAUGCUGAUAAAGGAUUAAUCAACUAUGUUGUAAGAUGGAAUGUUAAACCUAGAGGCAAACCCAAACUACGUUUAUCUGGAUAUGGCGUGGAAUUGCAAUUAAAAAGUACUGAAUACAAAAGUCAGGAUGACACAACACCUAAAGAAUCUGAUGGAGAUGACACUUCAUCACCGUCUGAAGAAGAAGAUGAAAAUGAUCCUCAGAACCAAAUUGAUGGAUUUAAUUUUGGCAAGCUUAAAAACUUAUUUCCUGCUCUACGCACGCCCUUGGAGCGCUUCCGACGGCACUUAUCUGAAAUUAGCGAGGAGCUGGCCCCGCUCAAAGUUUGGCAAAUGCAGGGAUUGAGUAUGCAGGCAGCUGCCGCGGUUAUUGAUGCACACGAUUCUGGUGGCGAUGAAUCGCUUAAAGUGCUCACUUCUAUUGCUCAAAAUUUUCCUAUGCAGACAAAAUCACUGAUCCACGUGAACGUCCCGCGAUCAUUCCGCGACGAGGUUCUAUAUAACCAGGACAUAUGGGCGUCGUCUUUAGGGCUCCGGCCUGCUGAGCCUUUACUCCUUGUGUCGGGAGCUCAGUACGACGCGGAAGAGGUCGAUGUAAUGGCUCUGUUAGCUGCUCUCAGAGAGGACAUUGGACCGAUGAACACAUUGCACGCUAUAGGUUUAUCAAAGAAGUUUAUAAACAAGCUAAUGUCGCUCGAUGUGGGGGAAACAUUCACUUGGGAAGAGUACGGACUAGAUAUCCGGGACACCGCGAUCACGUGGCUUAACGAUCUAGAGUCAGAUGAAAGGUACAGACGCUGGCCUUCCUCCUUCAUGGACCUGUUGCGUCCGACGUACCCUGGUAUGCUGAGAAACUUGAGGAGAAACAUCUAUAAUUAUGUAAUAAUAGUAGACCCAACAUCACCUGCCUCAGGUCCUCCACUAAAACUAGGGGAAACAUUACUAAGCCCCGCGACGCCGGUUCGUGUUGGUCUCGUAUUAGCUCCUGGAAGCAGUGAUCCCAUACUUGGUUCUGCUAUUCGAAGCGCUUUUAACUACGUAGCGCAGGACCGGAACUCAAACAAAGAGGCUUUCUAUUUCGUCACUGAGCUUCUCCACUCCGUCAAAGACGAAACUCUAAAUUUGGAAUACGUUAAGAAACAUUUGAAGAAAUACGCAAGUGCCGACGCGAACCUUGACGACAUUAUAUCGGAAGACUCUGAGUACAACUUCGGAAAUCAGUUGGCUGAAGAAUUCGUUUCCAAACUUGGAACUAAUAAGUACCCUCAGGUGUUAAUAAACGGUGUCCCGCUAUGGGACGACAGCGCAACACCAGUGACGUCAUCAGUGGAGUUACUCGAGGAAGCGCUUGUAACGGCUCUGGCAAGACACACAGGCCGACUGCAGCGUGCUGUGUUUCGCGGUGAACUGUCUGACUCUGAUGACGCUCUAGAUUUUCUUAUGAAACAACCUCACAUAAUGCCUCGGUUAAAUCGUCGAGUGCUUGCCUCUGAACCGACUCAAUACUUGGACCUAUCUGGAGUUCCGUCAUCGACAGAGCUAUUUACUGAGGAUAAGGUCCAUCGCCUUAUACAUUUAACUGGGCGCGAUGCGUUGGCGACAGCUUUGCCAAUAUUGCAAUAUUUCACGAAACCAGGCAAACCUGAGAAAAUUAUUCAAACUAUUUGGGUCGCAGGUGAUUUGAAUGUCAAGGAAUCGAGAGAUUUGUUAAAAAACGCUUUGUCAUUUAUGAGAGAAUCAGGUGGUACUCGAGUAGCGUUCAUACCAAAUGUAGACGGCACGUCGAAUGUAGAUCAGUCGCUUAACAAAGUUGUGUUGGCUGCACUUACUACAUUGGAAUCAGUGAAAGCCACCAAGUAUGUAACGCAACUACUGGAUGACGAAGGCUGUCAUGAGAGACAUGACUGCGAUAUCAUGCCCGAGAUAGUCCCAGCGCUGAACAAGUAUGCGUGGGUACUGAAAGCGUCUCGCGUGCUGUGUGCGCGCAGUUUACGGCUCCGUGUGGGCGACCGCGCCGUCGUACAUAACUCGCGGAUCAUCGGACCUUUCACACAAGGAGAGGUAUUCUCUACAGAUGACUUUGUUCUGCUCGAAAGGUAUAGCAACCAAGUUUACGGGGAGAAAUUGUCUGAGGUUUUUGCCAAAAAGAAGAUAUCCACCAAUGAAGUUUCAUAUGAUGAUGAUGAUGUGGAUGAGUUAUCGACGGAAAGUUAUAUGAAAGUGAUAUCAGUGUUGGCGGCUCGUAGCCCUCGCGUGCGUACGCCUUUGCCCAAUGGACUGCGUACCGAACACUCAGUAAUCGAGCUACCGCCUCUCUAUGAGGAUGAAGCUGCUGUCGAGAUAGUAGCGGUGGUGGACCCGGCUUCAGCUCCAGCUCAACGCUUAGCACCCUUAUUGUUGGUACUGCGCCGCGUGGUCAACUGUCGCCUUCAGUUGUUCCUCAACCCGCAAGACAAGAACUCCGACAUGCCACUUAAGAGCUUCUACCGCUAUGUGCUAGAGCCGGAGCUACAAUUCAACGCAAACGGGGCUCAAACGGCGGGCGCAAUAGCUCGUUUCUCACGUCUGCCUCACGCUCCAUUACUGUCUUUGGAUCUGAGGACGCCGACGAACUGGCUUGUCGAAUGUGUCAAGUCCGUAUACGAUCUCGACAACAUACGGCUGGCCGACGUCGACUCACUUGUGCACAGCGAAUUCGAGCUCGAGUACCUGUUACUGGAAGGACACGCGUGGGAUACAGCACUGAGUACUCCUCCGCGAGGGUUGCAGCUGAUUCUCGGCACGCGGACCAAACCGGAGACCAUGGACACCAUAGUGAUGGCAAACCUCGGCUACUUCCAGCUCAAAGCCAACCCUGGCGCCUGGAUAAUGCGCUUGAGGCCAGGACGCUCGGAUGAUAUUUAUGAGAUUCUUGGUCACGAAAACACAGACACGCCGGCAGGUAGCGACGAUAUCCAGGUUCUGAUGAGCUCGUUCCGAAGCCACGUGAUCAAAUUGCGUGUGAGCAAAAAAGCAGACAAGCAACAUCUCGAUUUGCUCGUAGAAAACGACGAGAAGAAUGCUGGAGGAAUAUGGAACUCUAUUGCAAGUUCAUUCGGCGGCGGUGAAGAAAUUGAGUCUCAGGACGAAACUAUCAAUGUGUUCUCGGUUGCGUCGGGACAUCUCUACGAACGUUUUCUGCGUAUUAUGAUGUUGUCAGUGCUGAAGAACACGAAGUCCCCUGUGAAAUUCUGGUUCCUUAAGAACUAUCUCAGUCCCUCGCUUAAGGACAUCUUACCGUACAUGGCGCAAGAGUACGGUUUUGAGUACGAGUUAGUGCAGUACCAGUGGCCGCGCUGGCUGCAGCGACAAAAGGACCGCCAGCGCACCAUCUGGGGCUACAAGAUACUCUUCCUUGACGUGCUCUUCCCGCUGCACGUCAAGAAAAUCAUCUUCGUAGACGCUGACCAGAUUGUACGUGCAGAUUUGAAGGAGUUGGUAGAUCUAGACUUGGGCGGGGCUCCCUAUGGAUAUACGCCAUUCUGUGAAAGCAGAAAGGAAAUGGAAGGAUUCAGGUUCUGGAAGCAAGGCUAUUGGAGGAAUCACUUACAAGGUCGUAGCUAUCAUAUCAGCGCGUUAUACGUGGUCGAUUUGAAGCGUUUCCGACGCAUCGCUGCCGGCGAUCGACUACGUGGGCAGUAUCAGGCGCUCAGCCAGGAUCCUAACAGCUUGUCUAAUUUAGAUCAGGACUUACCCAACAACAUGAUACAUCAGGUGGCCAUAAAAUCUCUACCGCAAGAGUGGCUGUGGUGUGAAACAUGGUGCGACGAAAACUCCAAGCAGUAUGCCAAGACUAUUGAUUUGUGCAACAACCCUUUGACAAAAGAGGCGAAAUUGUCCGCUGCGAUGCGAAUCGUACCAGAGUGGCGUACUUACGAUGAAGAGGUUAAGGCGCUGCAAGCUCGCGUACGUCGUGGCCUGUACCAGCACGCGGAUCACGAACAGGAAAUUGAAAAUACGGAUCACGAAGAUGUUGCUGUGACACAAAGUUCCUCAGGUAAAGACCGCGAACACACCGAGUUAUGAUGCAAUUUCAAUGUGAUGUAAUAAAUGAAUUUUUUGUUAUUCCAAUUUUGGUAGUAUGUUUAUAAGUGAGUGUAGUGCGAGUGAACCGUGAAAAAUCGAGUAAGUGCUCAUAUAAGUCUUCAAUAUGACAAGUCCAAAGUGGUCCUAAAAAUAUCAACAUGGAUUUUUUUAGCAAAGGAGUGGAUCGGAAACCUGCAGGAAUAAAUAUUAGUAACUAUAUUGUCCAAUAGUUAUAAGUAAUACAAUUGUAAGAGGUUGCUCAUUGAUCAUUGAUCGUAAACUGCCCAUUAAACGAAGUCCUGCAAUUAACCUUCGGUUUAAAAACAAAAAUUAUGUUUGGUUGGUUUAUUUUAAUUGAAAUUUAUUUAUAUUUUAAGUCCAUAUUCAAUAUUUAAUUUUGAUGUAAAUGAAAUGUCUGGUCUGUGUGGGAGGCUUCGGCGAUGACUACUUGUAGUGGAAUGAAAAAAAAAAAAAAAUAUAUAUAUAAGCAACAUAAGUAACCUCUCUAGUCAUCGUCUUGCUUACCCCAAAAUGCAUAUAUAUGCAUAUAGUUUCACUAUAUGUUUCAAGUUGUUAUGUUAAUAACAUUAAAUAACAUCUUACACAAACGCAUCUCUGGCUAUUUCUGCAUGCAUUCUCUACAAAAGAUCUAUACCCAGCAGUGGAUUUAAAUCGGUUGAAGCGAUGAUGUUAAGGUCCUAUUAACUGAUUUCAAUGGAAGGAGCUCCUAUUCGAACAGCAGGGAAUCAAUGUUUAUUUGCAAUAGUUCAGUAAAUUGUAUUAUUUUAAUAUUUACUUUCUUGUAAAUAAAAAUUAAAGUUUUUAUUAAUCCAGAUUUUUUUUCAUGAAAAGGAUAUUGUCUCGUCCUGUUGACUCGUUCGUCUGUUAGUAACCACCAUUCUGAUGCUCUAAAAAAAUUUAUGUGUGAUUAAUAUUUUAUCAUGAAUAAUAUUGGGACCCUUUUUAUAGGUUGUUUGCAGUUUAGAUUUUUGUAAAUAUUAACUCGUGCAAUUACAUUCGUCCUAUCUCAAACUGUCAUAGAAUGUUAGUAUUUCUCCCAGUGGCAUGGACCAAACUUUUCGUUGUUUUUCUUUAUGCUUCAGCUAAAAGUUUAGUCAUUACUUUUAAAGGGUCUAUCAAUGCUCAGUAAUAAGGGAAGUGCCGACAGUUAUCUUUCUGUACACAUAUUAGUGCCCUAUGUAUAAGUUUCAAAGUAUAUAGUAUUGUAUAAUUUGACAACUCCAUGACAGAUUUGCUUAAUUCUGGUAUUAGAUUUGAAUUAUGCUAUUCACGUAGUACUAAAGACUUCAUAGCAAGCAGAACCAGUGUUUUUAGUUAUGGUUCGAAAUUUUGACAGCAAAAACUAGAUGUCAGAAAAGUUUUAAAAUCAAUUGGAUAUCAACGACAGGCAGGUAUGUCAACCCUCAUAUAUAAACUGAAAUGAUUCCAAAACAUAUUGACACACGUUCUGCCAGUGAAAUCCUACUGAUUUUAAAGUGAUUCUGACAGCAGCAGCAAUCGAAGAUUCUAUUAAGGAUGAAUAAGUUGAUGCCUUAAAUUUUUCGGUCUUCCCUGACGAAACGGGCCUGACCGUGAUAUGCCUGGAUAGACCAUAUUAUGUGAUUCAUACAUGUAACUGUAUGUUGGUAUGUGAAUUAGAUAGAGUUUAAACAAUUUUUUUUUUUUAAAAAUUCUCUUAAGCCAUAAUUUCUCCGUGUACGACACUAUCAUUUUGUAGAUUUUUAAUUUUAAUGUGAGAAUAUUAAAUCGAAACUAAUGCUGUUA